CAGACGACGUACGGAUUACUUAUCUGAGCCAGGCGGCUGGAGGUCCGGACUGAGAGACGGUGGGCUGCUGACGGACCACCACGCACACAACAAACAGCACGUGAUAUUUUACGUGCACUUCCGGACGUUUAUCAGCCGAUUACGUUCCCUCAAAUACCUGUCAAAGGAAUCUGUCACCCAGACAGGCUGGAUAGGACAUUUUUUGGUCAUGACAAUGACUCUUGAAGAUGAUCUAGCAUCAGCAGCAGCGAGGGGCAACACCGAGGAGGUCGAGGAUCUUCUCCGGAGAGGGGUGGACGUCAACAGGCUGAAUAGCUUUGGACGGACGCCGCUGCAGGUGAUGAUGAUGGGCAGCACGCCGGUGGCUCAGUUGUUACUGAGGCGGGGAGCGGAUCCUAACGUGGCGGACAGAUGCACCGGCGCGACCCCGCUGCACGACGCGGCCAGGACGGGCUUUGUGGACACGGUGCGGCUGCUGGUGCAACACAACGGCGACCCGCAAGCCAGAGACAACAAAAACUGUCGGCCUGUCGAUUUGGCCAGAGAGCAGGGCCAUAAAGAUGUAGUGGCGUUUCUGGAGUCGCUGUAAAAUAUUACGACAAUGGGAUGUUUUUUUUCUGCUGCUUGUGAAUGGGGGCCUAUGGGCCUCAAAGGCCUGCAGCCUAAAUUAUGCAUGGACUUUUGCUGCUUAAUGUCUUUUAUUUAUUUGUUUGUUUUUUCCCAAAUGGCUGGAUUUCUACCAAUUAGAUAUUUUUUAACGAAAUAUCCAUAAAUAGUGUUUUGACUAUUAUGAUACAUACAUUUAUAGGCUACUGUAACUGGCUAUUCUUAAGAUUCAUUUUAUAGUGGGCUUAUCGUAGCCUGUUUUUUUUUUUUUUUUUUUUUUUAAUGCAAUCCCUAGAUCUAUAAAUUAAAUUAUUUAUACAGAGACUUGGCCCAUGGCUUUGCUGUGGCAUAUUUGGCAAUAUUACGCUGUCCUGUUUUUAACAGGAUCGACACAGCCUAUUUCAUGUCGCUUGGGUUGCUGAAGUUACGGUAUCGUGCAUUUUUAUAGCCUACAACAGCAUCUAAAUAAUAAAGGACAUAAAAUAUUCUGAAGUGCAAUUUUGAAUAUUAGUGUCCCGAUAUGAUGGGCUAUUGAGGAAGCAUAAUUUUAUUCCGUGAGUCCCAGUUCCUGCGAAAAUAAAAUAAUAAUAAUAAAAAAAAAACAAACACCAAACUUGGAUAAACUGACGCACUUUAAUAAAAUGUAAUUUGAUAUUAACUGAUUUCAUUCUUUUUUCCCCUUAACGACGAGUAGGCUACAAAUGAAAUCCACACAGCUGUGUGCUAUUUGUGGGAUGAAUAAUAAUCCUACCGUUUGGUGCCACAGGUUACAACAGUCUACUGAAUAAUUAAAACAUCUUAUGCUUAGGUGUAGUCCGUUGCAACCUGCAUUUACUGUUCGAUUAGGAUCGGGGUAAUGUGUUGAUCCAAAGCUUCUGCUUAUUCGGAAUUAGGCCACAUAUGAGCUGCUUCUUUUCUGCUGAACAGGUUUGAGGACGUUUUGAGCCACGCCUGCAGAUGUGGGCACUCGCCUGUUUUCCUUAAAAUGGGUAAAUAUUAGCCAUAUGGUGAUGUAGCCUAACCCACAGUCCUGGCCUGACAUCGUCUCAGACUACACCUGCACAAGUAUUUUCACAAAUGAGGCUAAUGCAAUCUUUUAUUCUUUUUUUAAUUCACCACCGGGCUGUUAACAACCCAGGCCGCUUCUUUCAAUAGCCUGAGGCGGCUAUUCCAUGUACCGGGGAAACAACCGCUUUGAAGAGCUUAGGCACUGAAACUUUUCUUUAAUUUAAUUCAGGAACGAAUAAACAAGCCGACAGGCAUGACAUACAGCCCAAAGGCCAGUCUUCCUUAGCAACUGACACCUGCAAAUGGCUAUAAAUAACUCAGUGGAGAAAAAUGUUAACACGCACCGCAUAAAUGAUUGAUUCAUGAUUCAUUUCAUUUCUGCAAAGUGUUUUGACUGAAAACAACAUCAUAAAUACAACUUUUUCUUUUUUUUUUUUUUUUUAAUAUUUAAACAUAGCCUAAAAGGGCACAUUUUGAAGUGAUUGAUAAAAGAAAGUGGACAUUCUUCUUGUACAGGCGAAAUGAAGUUUUUAAGGCCUGUUGCGUCAGUGCCUUUGGGUCGAGAAGAAGGACAAACAAGGUGGAGCUGAAACUUAACUCUGUUAGCUAAAAAGAAGCAAGCAAGCAAACAAACAAACAAAAACUAACGGACUUAUCUACCGUAGAUCUGAUGAAUUUUUGUGGGUAUAAAACUAGCUGUUUGGCAAGAUGAGUGUGUACAUGUAUUAUCGAGGCACUAUGCAUAGGCUACAUUAUGUAUCUAAUAUAUAUCAGUGUAUGUGUGUCUGUAUAUACAUAUGUUUGUGUGGGUGUGUGUAUAUAUGUAGAUAGAUAGGGUUGUGUACUUGAUUUUUUCCCGUUGUCUUUAUUUAUAUUUUUUCCAAGUAGUCACCAACGCAUUCAAAAUAAUAAUUAGGUAUGAGUUGCUCUAAGUUGGCAAGCUGUGUUUAACGGUUUAUGGCCUUAGGCAAAGGCAUCAGCUUCAGGAGUGGAUUUGGG